AUGGGGCUGUCCGCUCUCUAUCUACAGAUAGCAGAUCGAAAGGAGGAUGCUUACCUCUAUGUAAGUAUCUUCUCUGAACCCACAGCUAGGUCAGCAAACCUCACACCAUCUAGGCUAGCACGGCCCCCCGACUGUCGCUGGGUCUUUGUUUACACAAGUCUAGACCUUCCCGAAGUCACACACGCUCGGAAGCAGUGCAUCAUAACCGGCUUUGGUGGUCGAUCUACAUGCAGGAACGGUAUAUCACUCUUGGUCGUGAGACUUACUGCCGCCGUAGGCUUCCCGAUGGCUGUUUCGGAAGCAUCAAUCACUGCAGCUCAUCCCGCAUACCAGAUCGGACACCCAUCCUCUACCGCCAUUGCAGUCAAUGUAAAGUUGGCUCAAAUUACUGGCCGCAUCACCACCACUAUUUACUCCCAAAAUAUUGACCCAGAGGAUGUUUUCAUCAAAGAAGUUCAAGACAUCCUACACUCGCUAAAUAAGAUUAAGAAUGAAAUGCCCCCCGAAAUUUCAGGAGGGUCACAUCCUACUAAGCUUUUACUUAGCGAUGCGCCCCUACCUAGCUCUCAGCAGUCAUCAGCGAGGACAAUUACAUCUCUUCAUCUGACAGUCAACCAGCAGAAUAUCAUUUACGCAGUGCGACCAAUACUGUUACACAUGCCACGUAGCAGCUUCAGCGGGGGUAGCAACUUGUAUACGUCCAUGAGUCAUACCCUUCGUAGACUUGCAGACACUUGCGUUGAAACACCUCACAAAAGCUUGGUGAUUCUCCACGGUCUGCGUAAACAAGACAUCAUAGGUGCAUAUCUUUACCCAUUCCAACGUGCAUCUGGGAGUGUGCCUAUGGCCCCGGGUGAAGCACAAGGCCAGAGACUGAGUGCCCGGAUCAUGACAGAUAAUAAUGCCUUUGAGAUUCAGGACGCUGUAAUGGCCAGUACAGAAGACCUGGGUGACAUUGUGCUCGAAGGCGAAGAUGAUCUUUACUGGAUAUACCACAAUCCCUCACUGUCGCUUACAGACGUGGAACAAACAGAUUGGGAGACUCUGGACAACCAUAUUGUCUAUUGUAUGCUAAUUCAACGAUCCGAAAAAAGGAUUUCCAUCACGGCCUCUAGACCAUGUCUCAUUCUCAAAUGA